CGCUGGCUCCUUCUCACUAUCAACGCACCACCCCAAAAGCCGCACACAGAUUGAAGCUCGCGUCCGUCGACUACCCCUUGAACCAACUGCGCCAUCUCCAACCCAACAACGCCAUCUUAACCCUACGCAAAUAUGCCACCCCCACCCCCCACACCAUCCCCCUUCGACCUCCUCCCCGCCGAACUCCUCCUAACAAUCCACCAAUACCUCUCCCUCUCCCACUCGCUGAACCUCGCCCUAGCCAUCUACCCCACCCUCCGCCGCCACGGCCUAGCCCCCGCCCUCACCCCGCAAACCGUGCUGCGCAUAACGCGCCAGCAGCGAAGCGUCCAGGGGAGCGUUCAGCAGAGUGCACCACAGCAGGCCGUCGCGCGCCUGCCCGUCGAGCUGUUUCUGCAGAUUGCGGAGCACUUGGAGCCCGGGGAUGGGAUUGCCAUGGUGUUUGCGCUUGAUGCGCGGUUUUAUCGGGGUGAGGGUGGGGGUGGGGUGAGUGCCGAGACGGGGGGGAGGUUGCGGGUUUGGGGGAGGAGGGAGUAAGGAGGUAGUGUGGUGCGGUGGGUAGGGGUCAGAAGUAUAGGGGAUAUGCGGGUUUAGUGUGUUCGAUCGGGAUGUUUCAUGAGCAUGUCCUCGACUACAACAUCGAUGCAACACGCAAAAUAUAUAUCGAAAGUCUUGCAAAAAGGCACCAAAGA